GCGCCCCGCUCAGGCAGCGAGCCGCUUCGAGCACAAGCGAACAUGGCGCUGGCGACGCUGCCGUGAGCCGAACAUCGGCUGCUUUGGAAAGGGGGGGAACAACAUGAUGAGAAGUCUCGGGGGAUUAUCACGCAGGCUGUAGUUAGAAGCACUGGGACACAGGGAGAGAGCGUUGGUUAAGUCCCGCUGCGGGCAUGGCGGUGUAAUGUAAAUGUAAGAGACUGAGUGAGUUUGUCACGGGAAGAAGUGUAGCUAAGCUAGUAGUAGUGGUGACGGUGGUAUCUAUCUAUCUCUCCGAGACGAGUGGAGCCCGUCGUCCGUUCGCUGUGCAGCGGUCGGACGAUUGGACCGGGAGGGAGAAGGAAGCGUCGCCCGCCCGGCUGUAGAAGAGCUGUCCGCCGGCGGCGGCCGUGGAGAAGAAGAACUUGAAGAAGAUGGCCCAGUCCCCGGUGGCGGUGCACGUUCCCGGGAUGCAGAACAUUCGGGUGGAUCCUGAGGAGCUCUUUACCAAACUGGAGCGCAUCGGCAAGGGUUCCUUUGGAGAGGUCUUCAAGGGCAUUGACAACCGCACCCAGAAUGUGGUGGCCAUCAAGAUUAUUGAUCUGGAGGAGGCAGAAGAUGAGAUCGAGGACAUCCAACAAGAGAUCACCGUGCUAAGCCAGUGUGACAGCCCCUAUGUCACAAAGUACUACGGCUCCUACUUGAAGGGCACCAAACUGUGGAUCAUAAUGGAGUAUCUUGGUGGUGGCUCAGCUCUCGACCUGCUGCGGGCAGGUCCUUUCGACGAGUUCCAGAUUGCCACCAUGCUCAAGGAGAUACUCAGGGGGCUCGACUACCUGCACUCAGAGAAGAAGAUCCACAGGGACAUCAAAGCGGCAAACGUGCUCCUCUCAGAGUCAGGGGAGGUGAAACUGGCAGACUUUGGCGUUGCGGGUCAGUUGACCGACACCCAGAUCAAGAGAGAGACCUUUGUGGGCACCCCGUUCUGGAUGGCGCCUGAGGUCAUACAGCAGUCCGCUUACGAUUCUAAGGCCGAUAUCUGGUCUCUGGGCAUCACAGCCAUCGAAUUGGCCAAGGGAGAGCCCCCAAAUUCGGACAUGCACCCCAUGCGUGUCCUCUUCCUCAUUCCCAAGAACAACCCACCCAGCCUCAAUGGUGACUUCUCAAAAUCCUUCAAGGAGUUUGUGGACUCCUGCCUGAACAAAGAUCCAGCUUUUAGACCUACGGCAAAGGAGCUUCUGAAACACAAGUUCAUUGUGAAGAAUGCCAAGAAGACCUCUUACUUGACGGAGCUCAUCGACCGAUUGAAACGCUGGAAGGCUGAAGGUCACAGCGAUGAAGAAUCCAGCUCAGACGACUCCGACUCUGAGUCCAGCAACAAGGAGAACGAUCUGUCCCAGCCAGAGUGGUCUUUCACCACGGUUCGCAAGAAGAAACCGGACACGAAGAAGGUGUCCAACGGGACGGACCAGGAGCUCCUGAAGAAAUCUAUCAGCCUGUCCACAGUGAUUACUCCUGUGUUCCUGGAGCUGAAGCAGCAGCACAGAGAGAGUGAGAAGAAGGGUGCCAUCGAGGAACUUGAGAAGAGCAUCCGCAUGGUGGAAGAUGUCUGUCCCGGCAUCACGGACAAGAUGGUGAACCGGAUCAUCGAGAAGUUUCAAAAAUUUUCUGCAAGUUAAUGGAGUGAAUUUGCAGGCCAGGAGCCAAGAGCCCUCCGAUCACCUCAGCACUGUCCCCCAGACCCCCUCUGCCGACUUGUAUGAGGCCUGCAGAUAGUCUGGGGUAGGCCAAGGGGCCACUCACCUAUGUACAUUUGUGAAUAUCUGACCGAAUAGGAAUAGAAUCACAUUUUUAGUAAAUAAUACAGAACAAGGGAGUGAGAAAUGUUAAUUAUAUAUUAAAAAGGAACAAGAUUAUUGUUGCUCCUUUUUCUUAAUAAAAGUUUGGAGUUAAUGUCUGAGGUUGAGUGCACUCUGAUGAGAUGCUUGUGGUGAAUGCAAUUUGUUAGUCUGUUAUAUAUAUUUUUUUUAAUUAGUCAUGUAGCUAUUUAGUUGGGAGAUUAAUGUAUAGAGGUUAAAACGUCGAUCUUUUGCUGAGCAUAAGACAUAUUUGUUCAGACAUAAAUUGUAUUUUAUAGCUAUCUUAUUUUAGUGCUAUAGGAUAUAUUUAAAUGUAGAAUUGUGACACUUGGUCAAGUUGCGCACCUGUGCGUUAGGUGUCGGCGCACCUUUCCCCCACGGACGUACCGACGUAGGAUUAUACACCCUGCUGAAUGGAACCUUCACAUUUACUUUAUUAAUUGACAUGAAAUACCUCACAAUUCAGUCAAACAAUUCAGUACUAAAAAGUGAGAGACUAGCGAAUGACUAUCUUCCUCUGACUCGUUCACUGCUCAUCCGCUUCCUCUGGGCUCCAGGUGAGAUCCGACUGGGAGGCAGAUUUCUCCCCCCCCCCUUCUUUCCCUUCCUCUCUGUGUGUGUGUGUGUGUGUGUGUGUGUGUGUGUGUGUGUGUGUGUGUGUGUGUCUCUCUCCCAUUCUGGUCUUUGGGGGAGUUCUUAAAUCCACCUCAAAUUACUCCAGUCCCUUUGGAUCUGUCUUGUUCAACUACUGCGUCAUUUGAAAUUUCUGAGAAAUCUGAGAAGAGCGCGCACUUUAAGCUUUGUCCUUCACAUGAGGUGACUGGUGUUCUUACCUUUUAUAUUUCUUUUUGUUUUGUUUCCCCCAAUACUUGCAGUGCCUCUUAAGAGGAAGAGUUCUGGCCAGUAGUCAAUUUUAGACUCUUAUCCUCCCAGGUUUUAAUGUAAACUGUUCCUCUGAAAUGUUUAGAUUUUUUUUGAAAUAGUAGUUUAACUGGACAGUUUAUGGGAAGUAGUCUUUCUUUUUAUGCAGCAUUUCUGUAUUCAUUUUUUUAAGAGAAAUUGAUCUGCCAAGGCCUCAGCUGAACUCAAGGCCAGUUCCCUAAGAAUGUAUCAUGGCUUGGUGGAGAUGCUGCCCUUUAGUAGCAGGGAGGAUUUAUGCCAACUUGACAUCCAAUGGUGCCUGAAACUAAAGAAUUGUUCUAAAGUUCUCUGUUUUGGUGUAAUAGUCAUACUAUCUUUAAAUGCUUUAAAAACCUGUAGUAAGUUGCUGCCAGACAGAAUUUUUGAAAGCAAUAAUGUUUGAAUAGAAGAUAUUUUUAUAUUUCUGUACAACAAGCGGUUGCAA